AUGAUCUAUAGGGUCUACUCAUGUCUAACUCGCAACCGACCGUAUGUGGGGAUUCCAAUAGCUCAGAUAGAGCAGAAGGGUAUUCAUUUUUUGAUUCAACUUUUUCUCCCAGGCUUGUCUUGGAUGAUAUCACCCCAAGAGGUCCUAGCCAAGGGGAAAGCCAUCAGCAAGACCACCGACGGCAUCUACCAACUGCGAGCCUCUGGAGGAUACAAGAUCGUACUCCCAAGGCGCUAUGCAGAAGAGAUCCGCAACAACGAAUACAUGACGUUUGGCGGUUCAUGCAAAAAGGAUUUCCAUUCUACACAGCCCGGUUUUGAAGCAAUGCUAGAAGGCUUACGCGAAGACCGUCUCGUCAUAGAUGCCGUACACAAGCUUGUUCAGAAUCUAGGCGUAAUUCUUCCAUCUAUGAUAGACGAAGCCAAUUUCAGCAUUACAAAGUGGUUUGGAGAUAAGGAGGACGAAUGGCGAACCUUUAAGCUCAACGAUGCUGCGGUGGAUAUCGUUGCCCGAAUUGUCACACGAGCGACCAUUGGCAUUGACUUUGCGAGAAAUGAGGAGUGGAUUCGCAUCUCAAGAGACCAUGCGGUCUCUACAUUCAUUUCAUCUGUCAUCUUGCACCAAGUACCAGCGCUCUUAAGACCAGUCCUAGUUUGGAUUAUACCAGAAUGUAGGAAGUUACGGAAACAGGUAGCAGAUUCUAAGCGCCUUCUAGCCCCCAAAGUGCGAGCAAUCGAGGAGGGGCUUCGGGAUGGCAGAAAGCGGCCUGCGACUGCCAAUGUUUUUACGUGGCUAAUGGACGUUGCUAAAGGUCGCCACAUUAACUUUGUACUCGCGCAGAUGAGUAUUAGCGAGGCAAGCAUUCAUUCUACGUCCGAAAUGUUGACUCGAAUGAUCAUACAAUGUUGCAAGACUCCCGAACUGGUCAAUGAUUUACGCGAAGAGAUCGCUCGCGUUUUGGAGGAAGAGGGGGGAUGGUCAAAGGCAGCACCUUACAAGAUGAAACUGCUCGACUCAUUUAUGAGAGAAAUUUCGCGGCACCAACCUAUGGGCAUCGCCGGAAUGUUACGAGACGUAAGGCGCGAUGUAAAACUUUCCAAUGGUGUGGUACUACCUGCUGGCGGGCUUGUAAUGGUAGAAGAUGAUGGCGUUGUCGAUCCUGAUGUUAACCCUCAUCCGGAAACGUUUGAUGCAAGGAGAUACUUGCAUCUAAGACAGCAGCCAAAUGGAGAAGCCCGACAUCAAUUCGUAACUACUUCGCCUGACAACUUGCUGUUUGGAUUAGGCAAUAACCAAUGUCCAGGAAGGCAGUUUGCGAGUAAUGAAAUCAAGAUCAUGUUCAGUUUUAUGCUGCUCAGAUAUGAUUGGAGAUUUCCACCGGGCUUUGUUCUUCCCAGUCCAGUCUAUUUUGAAAGCAGAGUUGCGGCCCCAAUUACCAUGGUGCAAUGCCGUCGAAGACAGGAGGCGAAGGACUUACUAAAGGUCAAAAUCGCGGCAUGA